CUGUGAAGAUGCUUUUGGCAAUGAGGAGGGGGCGCGUGAGCAGCAAACACAUCGAUGGACAGUGAAGUUUCUGGUAGUGUCCACAGUUUGAGCAGCUCUUUUAGCAAUUAUGAACUCCGUGUGUUACUUUUUGGCGCUCGGGUUGCUUUCUCCAGUGCUGGGUAGAUAUCAACAGGAGGUAAGCGGCUUGUCCCGCGUGAGGAGGCAGCAGUCGGCGCGACUUGUUUCAGAGAGGACGGAGCACAGCGGUGGGCUGAAUGAACAGACUUGCACGGCUUUGCAUGGAGUAGAGUCAGCGCUGCUGAAUAACACCAGCACUUUUACAUUCAAAAUGCGAAGUCUAGGCACUCUCUCCCUGGCCUGGGUGGGAGAUGGAUCAGGGGUGCUGCUGGUGCUGACGACGUUUCAUGUGCCAUUGUUCAUGAUGCGUUUCGGCCAGUCCAACCUCUACAGAAGUGAAGACCACGGGAAGACGUUUAAAGAUGUGACAGAUCUGAUCAACCAUACAUUCAUCCAGACUGAUUUUGGGAUCGCCAUUAGUCCGGACCAUUCAGGGAAGGUGAUCCUGACUGGUGACGUGUCAGACGUUGGUGGAUUUCGACUGUUUCGCUCACAGGACUUUGGCUUGUCCUUUGAGGCGACUGACCUGCCUUUUGUGCCUCUCAUUCAGUUACUGUACAACCCUGCAGAUGGCAACACGCUUCUGACGCUCAGUAUCACGUUGGACCUGUGGCUAUCUGAGGACUUUGGUGCCACCUGGAGAAAAAUCCAUGACAAUGUGUGUUUGGUCAGAUGGGGUCCAAAAAGCAGCAUCUACUUUACAAACAACAACAACGGUUCAUGCAAUGACAAAGGAGCGUUAGAUUUAAGGAGGACUGAUGACUACGGCAGAAGCUUCCAGACCAUUGCCACCAGAGUUUACUCCUUUGUUCUGGGUGGAAAGUUUGUUUUUGUCUCCGUAAUGACCGGAGCGAGUACAGAGCGUGUGAUCCACGUGUCGGUGGACGGGGGGGAUCGCUGGAACAUGGCUCAGCUUCCUGCUGUCAAUCACCAGCAGUUUUACUCCAUCCUCUCAGCCAAUCAGGACACGAUCUUCAUGCACGUUGACGACCUUGGAGAUUCUGGUGUUGGAACCAUUUAUGUGUCAGACGACAGAGGAACUGUGUUCUCCAAGUCUCUAGAGCGCCAUCUUUACACCACCACCGGAAGUGACACGGACUUCAACUCCGUCGCUUCCCUCAGAGGCGUCUACAUGACCAGUGUCCUCACUGAGGAUGGCGAGGUGGAGACGGUCAUCACUUACGACCAAGGAGCGACGUGGCAGCCGCUGCACCAACCACAGAACAGCGUGUGUAACGCUGAGACCUCCACAAACCGACCCAACAGAUGCAGACUUCACAUCCAUGCAUCCUACAGCACCACGAUGAAGAUGAACGUCCCCAUGCUGCCUCUCUCCCAGCCUAACGCUGUGGGUCUCAUCCUGGCCCAUGGCAGCGUUGGAGAUGCGGAGUCGGCUCUGUCCCCUGACGUCUACGUGUCUGAUGACGGGGGCUACUCGUGGCUGCUGGCCCUCAGGGGCCCACAUCACUACGCGAUCCUGGACUCUGGAGGACUGCUGGUUGCUGUGGAGCACUCAAACUCACCUGUCAACCAGAUAAAGUUCUCCACAGAUGAAGGACAGUGCUGGCACUCGUAUAACUUCACUAACGAUCCGCUUCACUUCAGCGGCAUGGACAGUGAGCCUGGCUCUCGUUCCAUGAACGUCAGCGUGUGGGGCUACAGAGGUGACUUCAGUAAAUGGGUGGUGAUCACUAUAGACUUCAGGAAGCUCUUCAGCAGAGACUGCGAUGAAGGAGACUAUGUAGAGUGGCUGGCUCACUCUGCAGACCCCAGUGGGUCUAAUGACGGCUGUGUGCUGGGCUAUAAGGAGACCUUCCUACGCCUGAGGAAGGAUUCCGUCUGCUGGAAGGGAAGGGACUUUGCAGUCUCUAAGAAGCUGUUCUCCUGCCCGUGUACACUAGCAGAUUAUCACUGUGACUUUGGAUAUCAUCGUCCAGAGAACAGCUCAGAGUGUGUGGAGCAGGAGGACAUGAAGGGCCGGGCUCUAGAGUUCUGUUUAAACGGGACCACUGAGCUGCUGCAGACUAGCGGCUACCGGAAGAUUCCUGGGAACCGGUGUGAAGGAGGUUUUCAGCCUGAAAGAACGGAAACUGACUUGAGGAGGAUGUGCAUCGGCAGCGCUCUUCUUCCAAAAUCUCUGCAGACUGAGCACAGCUCAACAAACGCUGUUGUCAUAGCGAUGGUCAUCAUAGGGAUCCUUCUAAUGAGCGCAGUAGCAGGCGUCUGGCUGGUGAAGAAAUACGUCUGUGGAGGACGGUUCCUCGUGCAUCGAUAUUCUGUCAUGAGGGAAAACGUGGAGGCAAACAAUAUUGAAGGAGUAGAUGAUGUUGACAGUCAGUACACAGAGACAGAAAAAGCUCAGUUCAAUGAAGAUUCGGAUCAGGUGUGUGAUGCUGUGGAGCUUCUAAACAAAUGCCAUUAGUUAAAAAAACUCAAUUAUUUCAUUUGUGUUUCAUCUCAGGAUCUCUUAGUGUAAGACUUUUCUCAGCUUGAAGGCUUUUAUGAUGCAUUCCUGUUGCUCAGUAACAUCUGGUUCACGCUUCUCACUGCCCCCUGGUGGUUGGAGGACACUACAGCAGUUACAGCUCCUACUGAGAGGUGUGGAGUAGGCUCUGAACAAGGAAAGACCUGUGGGGUUCUUGGAAAGGUUUUUUCUUUUGUUAUUUUUUUUCCACAGAGACUUUUGUAAAAAUCACAGACAGCCUUGCACUGCAGCAACAGUAUGCACAUGCUAUAACUCGGAUAUUUUUGUGGCUGAGAGCUCCGUCCAUAACAGCAUGCACCAUGUGGUCAUUGUUGUUACUCUGUGAACAUGAAACAUGCACACGCAUGGCCAUUUACAUUAGACGUUAAUGUUAGAACUGCUUCUUUAGUCGUUAAAUCAGCUUUUAUUUUUAAGACUACUCACUUUUUUAGGAGUUUCUGUAUAGUUACAUAUCUUGUUGAAUGAUUAUUUUGUAGUUUUUAUUUUUAAUGUGUCAUGUCACUGUAAUAGGUUAGAGAUGUUUUUGUUCUUAUUGUCACUGUAAGGUCUGUGAAUCCCAACAGAUUAGUUGCUAAUCAGGCUCAGAAAAUCCCAACAAUCAACGUAGUUUUAUCCAAAUUGUUCAGUAACCUUCAGUCAUUUUAACUUAAACAAUAAAAGACAUUUAGUUAUCCCUUUUUAUGCAUAAAUUCACCAAUACAAAGUCUGUAUAAGACAUAUUUUAAUUAUUUGAUCAUUUUUAUGACAAUAUAUUUGAUUUUAAUCUGUAACUACUUAAGUUUGACAAUCAUUUCUAAAAGUUAAAACUGCAGUGACCUUGUUUAAAAAAAAUAAGAUUUUGUUACGAGACUGGUGUCAAAGCAGAAAAUGCUAAUUAUCUAUAAGAACUGGGAUUUAUUAUAAAACUUCAAAAUCAGAGUAAAGUUCUUAAUUCCUUCCCUAAAAUUCCUUAAAACAUUACAAGGAUUUUAACAAAACCGGUUCCUACAAAAACCUUCCACAAUUAUUCAAUCAAAAUAUUAACAAUUAUAUCCUCUAAUGUUUAAAAAUGCAAUUAACACUUUAUAAAGUAGACCACUUCUUGGAAACAAAUUGUCCAAAAUGUAGGAAUCUGCACAUUUUUCCCUUUUUUGUUACAUAUUUUUCUAUUCGUUAAGCAAAUAUGUCCUCACAACUGUAGUAUUCUGUAUUGAUUUGUGAUGAAUUACUGAAAAUGAUGAUUUGAUGACAUGUAAAAUUGGAGCUGAAUCAUUUUUGUACUGAAGAAUUGUACGGCCCACAGCUGCUGAAACAUCAUUAACAUAUACUUUAUAUAGUAUUGUUCCCAGAAUGGAACCCUGAGGCACUCCACAUUGCACUCAACUCUAAAAGGAAGCUAUAAUUGUAACAAAUCUGUACCAAUAAGCUGAAAUAAAUUCACAAAUAUCAGUUUUAAACCCCACAGCCAAGAAGAGUAACAAAGUUUAUUUUUUAUUUUAUAGUAACACAAAAUGUUUUUAAAAUGUAGAAUGUGUUGCAGCUUAACUAAGCCUGCUUCUUCUACUUUCAUGUAUGCAUGGUGAAAAGAAAAGACUUGAAUUGUUGCCAAAGCACUUUUACAGUUAGUUUUUCAGAUUUUUCAGGUGAGGAUUGCAAUGAGGGAAACCUGACUUUAGCCUAGCAUUAGCUUUGAGCAUGAAAGUGAUGCUAAUUUAAACCCUUUACUUGAAAUUAUAAUUGGUUGGUACGUCUUAAAUAACUUCCUUUUUUUCUAAUUGGUACAAGCAUAAAAAAUAAUCAUGAAUUGUGUUCAAACAUGUAAAUAUAAAAAUAUUGAUGUACAAAUCCAUAAACUUCUCAAGGUCUUACUAUUUUCAAUAAUAAGGUAGUUGGAAUAACUUAUCAGGUGACUUGGUAUAAAUGCAUAUCUAUUCAUAAUUUAACUGAAGUGAUGUUUUCUCGUAGGUACAUCUUUAUAUUUAAUGUUGACUGACUACAUUUCUAUUCUCUGCCAUGUGCUUCACAAACAAACGGGGCUUCUAGUUACUGCUCAUAUCCUCCAGCAGAGGCAAUAAUACCCCAGUCAAUAAGCUAUCAUAGUAAGUAAGCUGGCCUAGAGACUGAGCCAUGGCUUUUGUCGUGUGUACUUGGUGCAUUGUAAUUAAAUCAACUGUACCGCAAACUCAGCUAUUUACUGGAUUCAUAGAUUUUCUUUUGCACUGUGUCUGCAGAUCUGUGAAAAUGUUACAUUUGCUGAAAUUCUUGUAAAGCUGCAUUCUGUCAAAGAAGAAAGAUUCAUUAGGGCUAUUUGUUCGGACCUUUUUUCAGUUUUUUUUUCUUUGUUUCUGAAUCAGACUGUUCUAGUUGAACAUGUUUUGUAACAAUGUUUGCGUUUACAGAAUGAAAUAACAUCACUUUUACAAGUGACUUCUGUGUGUUGUUUUUUGAUUGGUUACUGAAAAACGAUGAAAAGAGAAUAAAAAUGUUUGUGCGCGA